CAUGGAGGCUGAGGCGGAUUGGGUCUCGACCAAGUCGCUGUACAUAUGUAGCAUGGAGAGAUAUAUGGACGAGAGCGUGAUUACACAGUGUUACAGUGUCCAGGCCAUCAACUUGACCGACUUGCUCUCCUUUUCCGAUACUCCGAUUACCAUCUCUUUCUCCACCAAUCAAAGCUAUGGGAUCUCCACCAACCAAAGUCCAAGACGAUAUCCUGCGAGAAGUUGAUUUUCUUCAAGGCAACGACGUUCCCUACGAGAUGGGUUUCGGUGUGUUUGGAUCUCAGAUUGUUUUGGCCGGCGGACUUCAACUUCCACAAAUAUAUCCGACUUCCAAGGUCUACGUGUUGGACACCUUGCGAGAUAAGCCCAAGUUCAUCAAACGCAAAGCCAACAAACCCAAAGCUAAAGCUCGUGAUCAUGGUUUUCCGGAAUUUCAAUCACCAAAAUAUCUUCCCCAGCUGAUGGAGAUCGAGGGUAAACUGUACGCUCUCGAAUUAAAGCUUGAAGAAGACUUCCCCAGCUCCUCGUCCUUUGAGGUAUUUGACCCCCAAACCGGAUCAUGGGCCGCUCUUCCGGAUCAUCCGAUUAUCGAAUGUGGUGGUCUCCUCUCCUGCGCAGUUGUGGGCACCAAGUUCUUGAUCUCUGCUCGGGAUACUCCGGCCUACUGCUUUGACGUGGCGGAGCCUACCCGACCAUGGAAUGAACUUCGUCUUCGUCAUGACGGCCAUAAACUGUACGAUUAUAAUUACCCCAAUUCCCUUCCCUUUCUGCAGGUUUUGGUUUUGGACUUGGAGGAGGAUAAUCAUAAGAUAUUAUUUUCCUCCCGUGGGAACGAUAUACGAGUCUUCCACAUGAACCUGUCCAAUGAUCUCGCUCUCGAGCUUAUAGCAACCGUACAGGUGGAUAUUAAAUUUGAUGAGUCCUCGGUCAGUUUCACCCAUCUUGGAGGUCAAAAAGUAUGCUUUGUGUUCUUGGAUUGGUGGAUUUUUGAUAAGAUGCGUGGGGUUUUCUUCACAUUCGAAUAUUCCUUUUCGAAAUCUGCUGCUAGUCCUGACACUCAUACCAGCAGUUGUGGUGAUGAUCCAUAUUUCCGUGUGUCUUACCCCUCCAACUCGAAUGGUAGAUCCUUUUCUGCCAAAACACUGGGUUGGCGCACCUUUGAAUACCACUACUGGUCUGAGGAAGCUUCUCCCAUAUCUACAGAAGUGUGCGGUUUAGCUGUGCUUCCACUCCAUCACCGUCACAGUGAGGAGCAGCAGCAGGAACCCUUCCGCUGCAAAAGUUGCCAGUUCUGCUUUAGCAAUAAAAAAAAUUUGAAUUCUCACUUAUCUAUCAGUGAGUGUUGCAGAUCUGAGCAACGACUCGUCCAGUGCAAAUUCUGCGGAUGCAACUUUUUCCAUCAAGAAUUGUAUGCUCACUUCAGUAGCAGUGUGAGUUGCAGAUCCAAUUUUACAGGUGAGAUUUGACCGCAGAGACCAGGAAUAAAGAAGAUGAACCUAGUUGAGGCUAAUCCUACAGCUCAUCUUCUCCAGGAUGGUUGACACGCUUUCUGUUGCUAACUUGUUAUAGGAGUAGUUAGUGAAAUCAGUUAGUCUUAGCUUAAUAGUGAGUAGUAUAGAAGGGGGAUUUUCCUCAUUUGUGGUAAUCAGAAGCCUGUACAAUUACCAAACAUAACAAACAGAGAAAGUAGAUCAGUUUGUUUUGCUUCAGAAUUUAUUCAUAGCUUGUUUUUCAUUUUCCUCAA